AGGUAAAUAUAAGUUUCUUAAAUUCAUUUUCAAUCCUUUGUUAUACAGAAAUAUAUGUUAACAUCGAUCUUCACUGUGCAUAUUUAUGAUAUCACAGAGACGCAAGGAGAAGUUAAAUGGAGAGAAAAAAGGAGACCCGUAACGGAAGAUUGAGGCGCAACAGCAGGUUUAAGAGGACUCUGAGGAGGAUGAAAGCCAGAGCGGCUGCUGCCAAGGUGGAGAUAACCCAAGUGAGAGAGGAAACGGCGGGAAUGGUUGCUGCAAUGGGGGAUCUCAAACGCGAGAUCAAGCUGUUGAAGCCAGCGCUCUGCCAGCAUUCUGAAGACAUGCUUCUUAUCUCAGAAGCAGUGGACAGUGUUACCCAGAUUAUACUUCAGCUUUAAUUAGCGAAGGACACAAAAAAACCAGUUAUUUUGCUUUGAUGUUUUUUUGAGUCAAGGAUUUAAUCCUCUAUGAUGGUUAGACCAAUAAACCAGUGUUACCCAU